AUGGGAGCGAAUGAAUAUAUUGAUCAUGAUAUAGUAGAUGAUGAAUCAUUGGAGGGUUUAAUUGGAUUGUCUGAACAUUAUGGAUGUGUGUCGCUAUACAUCGAGAAAAAUUUAUAUCCGUCGGAGACACAAUAUCAGUCGCAAGGUUAUUACACAAGCCUGCUACAUAAUGACAUCGAUGUGGGUUUUCCGGAUGCUCCAAUUGGUGACCGUGAAGUUGGUAAUGAACCAGACACUUAUCAGAUGACAAGACAGAUUCAGUCUCCACGUGCGCAACCCUCGACGUCACGUGCGCAACCCUCGACGUCAUGUGUGCAGCCCGAGACUUCACGUGCGCAGCCCGAGACUUCACGUGACGAACCCACGAUAUUUCAUACACCUAAUGAAAAUUACGAUUGGGGGCUAUCUACGUCCUAUGCAAAUUGGAAUGAAGUUCUUGAUAAUCUAGUCGAGGAAGGAGAUGAUAACGACGGUAAUCAGGACGAUGCCCCCAUUCAUAAUGAUGGUAAUCAGGAUGAUUCACCCAUUCGUAAUGACGAUAAUCAGGAUGAUGAACCCAUUCAUGAGGACGACGAUUGGAAUGAUCUAGCUGCCGACAUUGAAGAUGAUCACGAUGGUGGAUUAAAUUGCCUCGCGAAUGCCAUUUACAGUUUGAAUGAUGACCCGCAUGUAAACAACGAAUAUGUAGACAAUCCUGACGAAGAGCUUGAUUUCAUUGACCAUCCGGAGCAAUUUCCUACAGAUAACAAUUGGAUACAAGAGUAUGUUGUGAAUUCGAGUGAGUUCGAUGUUAGACGUACCAAUUCCGAUCUACCUAGCAUUGACGGCACUUGGCUCCGUGAAAUCUUUAAAGAUAAGGCAUCUUUAGUGGAUGCUCUAGAUCGAUGGCACAUUACUCACAAUGUUCAGAUGAAAGUUUUGAAAUCUACCAAAACAACUUAUACAGUGAAAUGCACAGUUGAGGGAUGUCCUUGGAGGUUACACGCUUCGGUUCCUAAAGAUGCAACAUAUUUCAGAGUUAAGACAUAUGCGGGUCAACACACUUGUGUUAUUCCAAUGCUAAAUGCGGCGCACCGUAAUUGUACUUCAAAUCUCAUAUGCCAAGUAAUUCUCCCGUUAAUGAAGGCAAGACUAAAUAUGACGCCAAAAGAAGUGCAGGAAACGGUGCGAUCCACUUUGCAUGUUCAAAUAAGUUAUUGGAAGGCAUGGCUGGCAAGGAGCAAAGCAUUACAGAUUAUUUACGGGAGCUGGGAGCAGUCAUACACAGACUUGCCUCGGUAUCUUACUAUGCUACAGAGUACUAAUCAUGGAACUUUUUGGCGGCUUGAUCAUAGAUGGCCAUCAGAGGGAAUAUGUCAGUUUGGCCGUGUUUUCUGGUCAUUUGCUCCUUCUAUUCAGGGAUUCGCACGUUGUCGGCCUGUGAUUAUAUGGAGGUCUUAUGACAACACAGUGUUAGAGACGCUCCCACCUUUUUGUCUGGCGGGGUUCCAGGUUUGGCGAUCGAGGACUACCUUAGUCUACUUCCACAUUAUUGAGCUCCAUCAUCCCUAUCGUGUGCUUCGACAGUUUGGGCAAUUACAGCAUAUCCCUGAAGCAGUGCUUAUCAUACCUCGCAUCAAUUCACAAGGCAGAGCAGAUGAGGAUUGGGCGGCAUACCAUACUUCAUACAUUCAGCAUUGGAAUGAUAGAUUGGUAGAUAUAGCAGAGGUGGCUCCUGAGACAGAUCCAGAUCCUAUACGAGCUACCACUGUUUACAUGCAGUGGUCGAUAUCGUGCAGAGAUAACAUUAUUCGAUCAGAUGUGUCCUGCCAGAUAUUCUAG